AACAAUUUACAUUUUAGGUCUAUUUUUAUUUGUUUUGCUGAAGCUACUUUUAUUUAUUUAGUGCAUCUGGCAAAAGUUGUUCCACCAGCAUGUGAAGUACCUUGGAGAGAAAAAAUUUCUCGGAACAUUUGCGUUUCCUCGAAACUAACUUUUGUCUGAAUUAUUUCGUUAGGAAUCAGAAAUCAAGGGUGGGCAAAUAGCAAGUGCCUCACUCUACGUAUACAAGAUAUUACAAAAUUCUACUCGACAAAAUCUUUCAGUUGUGUGUACUUUAUCAAUAGAUACGGUAUUCCUGACGCUUUACGUCGGUAGAAUUUUGUGAAAUUCUGUAUAUGUUUCUGUAUGUAAAUUGUAAAAAUAAAUUUCUUUAUAAUUAAGUAACUAGUUCUCUAUAUGUAGCUAGUUACUUAAUUAUUUAUAUAGAAUACGUUGUUGAUGUUAAUAAAUAGAUACAGCAUCAUGACAUCGUUAACUUGGAAAUCGAUAACUCGCAGAUUUUAUAAUACUACGUCGUAAAUUUUACAUACUUAUCGAAGAAAGUGUCACCUACGGAGUGCUUGUGUCAAGUUACCAGUGUUGUUACGAAACUAUUAAGAAAGAAAAUGAGAAAUACGAUCAUCGGCUGUGGUUCUCUGUACAUGCGUUAUUGCAUACAUGUGUUAUUACAAAACAGUAUUUACCAAGUACAAGAGAUAUUACCUGAUUUAACAUUGUUGUAAUUGUUCUGUUGCAUUGCUUGUAAGCUUUUUGAACGCACCUUGUCGUAAAAAAAAUACCGUAAUUUAUAAAAUAAAAUUAGAGUAGUUGAUAGAUAUUAUGUAUAUAAAUAUGUACGAGCGUAUGCGUCUUUUUACAAUAUAAUAUAUGCGAUGUUUGUCUAAUUGUGCCACAUUGAGCCUUUAUUUAUUAAUUCGAUAUUCAUCGUUUCGUAUUUACUUUCAAAAUUGCGAAUCUCCUUUCUAAUUAACGACGAGCCUAUGUUUUAGCUAUUAAAUAUACUAUUAAUGCUUGUUUAUAAAUUAUAGCAUCUUAUAAACAAAAGCUCUCCUUCACAAUUAUAAAAGUUGAAAGGAUAUUGUUAUUAUAAUUUGUUUUAAUUACGAGGGUAUCGCGCAACAUUCCAAACUCUUCGUGAAUCUGUGAUAACUUUUACUGUCGAAUUGACAAUAUUAAUUUUUUCAACUCGUUGUAAUACGCGGACUGUUUAGUUUUAUCUGUAGUUAAAAUUAUAUACAUAUAUUAUUGUACAGCUUCUGUUAAGGCUGUAAAACUCUAACAAAAGUAGUUAAUGUUAUAUAAUACUAGAAUAAUCAAAUUAUAUUUGUGAAAGAGAAAAGAAAGAUUCAUUUAUUGUCAAUGUCAACUAGUAUUAAUUGUGCGAUAUUUAAUACCGUUUAAACUAUAAUUUGCUGAAAGAUUAAUGUAAGCUUAUUAAUAAUAAAUUUCUUACUAAACCAUGUUAUGAGAUAAUUAUGUUGUUUCUGUUGACUCUCUUCCAAGAUGUGCAACUAAACGAUGUUUUUGAGACGUCCUUUUUCAAAAUAAUUUUGAAAAAGAUAUCAGUAACGUCGUAAAGUCAGUUUCUGUCAACUUGGUGAGACAUCUCAAAUAUUUCAAGACAUUCAUCGUUUUAUUUGAUAAUGACAAUUUUAUAUCAAACUCUUGAAAUGCUUCAGAUAAAAGUGAUACGAUAUCAUCUGCAUUGUUUCAUGUAUGAACACAGAACUCUAACCAUUGUUGCAAACCCAGUCAUUUAGUAUUUUCUCGCGGCGCGUGAUUGUAAUGAAAACAUGAAGAAAGUAUAUCUCGCUGCUGUAGCAGGAAAUCUAGGUAUGCUGUCAGUCGGUCUAUUUAUCGGUUGGGCAUCGCCAUCCUUGCCCUUACUGUUAAGUGGUGAAACUGACUAUCCUGUACGUUUGAACUUCGAAGAAGCCUCUUGGGUGACAUCCUUACUUACUUUGGGUGCCACCGGGGGUUGCGUUGCUUCUGCAUUCAUGGUGAAUGUCAUCGGCAGGAAGAACACCAUGCUAUUUACGGCUGCGCCCUCGGUAAUCGGCUGGUUGCUGAUAGCCUUUGCAACAUCACCGUGGGAGCUAUAUAUAUCGAGGUUUACAUCCGGAUUGGCUAUGGGCAUCUCUUAUGCAGCCACGCCUAUGUAUCUGGGUGAGAUUUCGCCGGCAGAUAUCCGUGGCAAUUUGGGAUCCAUGCUGACGGUUGCUGUGAAACUCGGUACUUCGAUCGAGUACAUAAUAGGUCCGUUUCUUUCGGUGAGAAAUCUCGCCCUCGUCUCUUCGGCGGUGCCGUGCCUAUUCGUCAUCGUUUUCAUCUGGCUACCGGAAUCCCCGUACCAAUUGAUGCGCUGCGACGCCAAGGAGAAAGCCAUAAAUUCUCUCGUUCAACUGAGAGGCAAAGAGGAUGUUUACAAAGAAGCGGACGGUAUCGAGCAAUCCGUAAAGAACGAUUUGGCUAACGAAGCUGGUUUCCGUGAACUCCUGUUUGUGCCGGGGAAUCGCAGAGCCCUAAUAACGUUGCUGUGUCUGGGCAUAGUUCAACAGUUGAGCGGCUCUCAGGCCGUGUUGCAGUACGCGCAAAUGAUCUUCGAUCAGGCGAACAGUAGUCUGGAAGGCAAGUACUUGACUAUGAUACUAGGCGCCGUGACGCUGAUCUGCUCGAUCGUCUGCAUGAUGAUCACCGAUUGCAGCGGCAGAAAGUCAUUGCUGACCAUCUCCGCUGUUGGUUCGGCGUGCUCCACCGCCAUGGUCGCGGCGUACUUUCAUCUCCAAUACAACCACGCGGAUACCAGCAACAUCAUGUGGUUGCCCGCCACCGGCGUGAUUCUAUACGUGGUCAUGUACGCCCUGGGCCUGGCGGCGCUACCGUUCACCAUGGCCAGCGAAUUGUUCCCCACGAACGUCAAGGCCCUCGGCAAUAUGAUAGGCAUAGCCAUGACCCAUUUCACAGGCUUUGUCGUGACGAAGUUGUACCUAGUCAUAAGCGAAAGUGCCGGUACGCACACGCCAUUCUGGAUAUUCACCGGGUGCAGCCUCGCCGGCGCUUUAUUCACGCUUCUUUACGUACCUGAGACCAAGGGCAAGACGCUGGAGCAGAUACAGGAGAAGCUGCACGGCUUGUCGAAACAGAGUGCGGUCGAGAAUGGAGUAGUUCCACAUGUCAAUCUUUCCACGACGAGUAUUUGAUGAAUACUUUGCGAAUUGUUCGCGUUUCAUCGAGGGAAGCAGCUCUCGAGGUCGGCUUUACACCUGUCGCUGUAACUACCUCGCCUGAAGUGAUCUGCACUGUACAUUUUUAUUAUCGUUAAAUGUUAACGUCGCGAUGUUUAAAUGUGAUAUCGACGACACGAAGGGACAUAUUAUAACGAAUUUGCGUGUCGAAUUGGUGCCACGUUUGAAGAGGAGGUGACGACAUGUACACAGUACUAGAGUUGCUGAAAUUAAAUGUUAUUUUGAAAGAAAUGGAACGACUCGGACUAUGCAACGGAAGCUCAUUUUUAUCGUCUUGUUGGAAGAGAGAUGAGCAAUAUUUUUGAUAAAAAUAUUGCCGGUUCCCUUUCGAAUUGAAUACUUUCUAUUAUACAUCUCUGUGAAAAUACUUUAAUUUACGAACUGACAUAAAAAGCGUUUCUUAACUGCGACUUUACUCUGCACUCUUGAUUUUUCUUAAGAUAUUUAUAGAAGAAAUUUGCCGCAACGGCUCCCUUUUGAAUUAAUUAUUUCUUAAAUCUCUGUAAAAAUAUAUAUUUUAAUUUAUUAGUUGAUAUGAAAAGCGUCAUUUACAAUUUUAACUGCGACGAUUUAUUCUACCUUGGUCUUUUGAUUUUUCUUAAGAUAUUUAUAGCGGAGUUAUUUAAUAUUUCUUUAGUAAGCUUUGAAUAUAUUCGAUUGUCUCUGAUGUCUGCAAUGUUACAAAGUUAUCGUACUACGAUGUGAAGAAGAAAUUAAUUAAUGAAUUUUACCAUUUAUUUAUAA